AUGACUGCUGCAGGCAAUGAAUACAGCGGAGAAGAGGUGAUGAAGCUUCUGCUCGAGCAAAGAGGAGAAGAUGUGCAUAUCACAGAAGGAGUGGUCAUGACUGCUGCAGGCAACGAAUACAGCGGAGAAGAGAUAAUAAAGCUAAUGCUUGAGCAAAGAGGGGAAGCUGUGCAGAUCACAGAGGAAGUAGUCAAGGCUGCUGCAGGCAACGAAUACAGAGGAGAAAAGAUUCUAAAGUUUCUGCUUGAGCAAAGAGGGGAGGAUGUGCAGGUUACAGAAGAAGUAGUCAAGGCUGCUGCGGAGAAUAGACGGAGAAGAAACGAGAUUAUGAAUCUUCUGCUCAAGAAAAGAGGGAACAAUACCUGCAUUAAAGAUGGAGCAAUACUGCAAAUCGCAGCCCUAUUUGAUUACGCAGCGUUAAGAGUUGCGUUUGAGCGAAAAGGGGAUAACAUCCAGAUCACAGAAGAGCUAGUUAAAGCUGCUGCAGGGAAUAGAUGGAGAGGAGAAGAGAUCAUGGGGCUUCUACUUGAGCAACGAGGGGAGGAUGUGCAGAUCACAGAAGAAGUGGUCUAUGUUCCUGCGAGCAACCGACAUAGCGCAUAA